AUGAGAGACAACGCUACGCCACACGGUGGCGAAAUUCACACGGCUAAUUACGGACGCGAGCACUUCGUGCCGGAUCCUAUGAUAAUGACCCGCUCCUCCGAGGAGCAACCGGGUGCCAUGUUGAUGCCGCCCUUUGCCAUGAUGCCGGAAGACGUAAAGGGGUCCCCGCAGAUGCCGUACGACCUGGAGAUGCAACAGGCGUACAAGCACUACUGUAUGGCGAUGGCGGCCUCUGCUGCCGCGCAGAGGUACAAUCUUGGCGCCACGCUCGGCUACGAGUCGCUGCCCCUUAGUGCCUGGUCACGGGAGCAGUUCGGGGAGCACAUGAUGCUAAUGAAGCAACAGGAAGCUGCGGCCAUGCAGCAAGCGCGACCCUGGGCGCCAAUGUCCGCGAAACGCACUUUUAACGACAUGAACAUGAGGGAAGGAUACGGCACGACCGGCGCACGCAUGGCGUCCAUGUCGCACGCGCAGGAAAGAUCGGAUGCUCAAAAGCGACGCGCGAUGGCGGAAAUCCACAUGCAACAAAGACAGAAGCAUUUUAACACGUUUAUGCCCUGCGAUCCUCACCAAGUUGCAACGUUCGUUGGGCAAGUCGUCCCUGCAUCAGGCCAUCGUGCCAACGUUAAUUCCGCCGCCUACGGAGAGGAUGGUGAACGCAGCGCCAAGGCCAUGCAGGGGGGAGUUGCACUCAACGAGACCGUUAUUGUGGCCCCCCAGGCUCCCAUGUGCCGUAUGGAAACCAGGCUCAUAUCGACUGACGAAGGCAGCCAGCUGUCGACAGUCCCCAGCGACGCAGAAUCCGAGUUCGAGUUCAACCAAUCGUCGGCAGUCCAGACGCGAAAGAAGGCUGUGCACAGGGCAUCCUAUGCUCUGACGCGUUGUGACUCGACGCUGACCGGCACCGCUGCUGACAACGAAUACGACUGGAAGCGUUACAAGCCCAAUGAGAGCAGCCAGGAGGAAGACAAGCUCGGAUUCUCGCAGACCCUCUCUGGCAACCUGAAGCAGGACUACAUCAACUUCACGAAGCACGGCGUCCUGUCUAACGAGCUGCGUCAGGAAUACAUCCGUCGCAGCAAGCUCUAUCCCAAGGUCCGCGGGGUCUGGUUCAAUUCCACGGUGCGCCGAAUGGGAUGGGUGGGCCAGGCCUACAAGAAGUGCAAACGCAUCGAAAAGAUCUUCUCAAUCAGCAAGCACGGCUUCGACGGUGCCCGCGAACUCGCGAUCGCCUUCCGCAAUUCGCAAAAGCCGACUGGCGGAGCCUCAGCCGUCACUGAGGAUACGAUGCUCCCCAUUGACACCACCUACUCCGCAGUAACGAAUGACGACUUCGCGGUUGCCGAAACCGUUGACCCCGUCAAGACCAGAGACGCGGCCGAGUUGUACGAAACCGACGAAGAGGUUACACAACGCACUGAGGAGUUUGCCGAGCAGACGACCGAGUACGCCGAUGCCAUUGCUCAGCAGCAGGGGUUUGAUCGCCCAGGCAAACCACUUAGCCGCGAAGAUUUGGAGAGCAACGGUAACCACACGGACGAGGAACAAGAAGAGAGAGCUAACGAAGAGGCGAAUGCCACUGGCAUUCAAGAAAGCAUGUUUGACCAGUACAAGUCAAAACUGACUGAGGAGCAGCGUGAGCACCGCGACCACCUUUGCAAGGGCGCUCUCAGGCUGAUGCUCUACGAGCUCGCGGCGCUUGUCGAACUCGACGUGCCCAUCCCACGCCUCGGCCGUGAAGCCUGCUGCCGUGGCCUGAAGUACCACAUCAAUGCCCUCGAGGCCUGCAAGAGCGCAUCGGAUAUGUUACCCUACACCGCCAUUUUCGGCAGCUACAUUUGCCGCGGCAUCACCCCUGUCGACAUUCCGUUCGGGGAGCUGUACACCAUGCUGCAAGCUUUGUCUUUCUGCAGGCCCCUCGGAGGAACCUUCGACUCCGCCAUCUCAACGCCCUUCGUCGGCGAGACGGACGAUGCCAACCUAUCGGACCUGAUAGUGGUCUGA